CACGCGCAUCCAGCUCCGUCUUCAGAGUGCUGGAUGUUUCACAUCGUAGCACCAACACCCUUUCUUCUUGUCGCGUCUGCUUUUGGACAUCAUUCAUCCGCGUACUAAGAAGCAUAAGGAUAUUAUUUUAAUUUGAAGAGUAACAUCAUGGCAGAUAAGAAAGCUGACCAAUAUUAUGCACCACCACCAAAACUUGGAAAAUGGGAAGGAUUCGUAACAUUUUUAUGGAAUGGUGAAACGUCCCAAUUUCUUGGUCGAACUGCUGGAAGUUGGGCUAAAAUAUUAUUAUUUUACACACUAUUUUACCUGGCAUUGGCAGGUUUCUUCACAAUAAUGUUAGUAGUAUUUUAUCAAACAUUAGAUGAUAGAAUGCCAAAAUGGCAGUUAACAAGUUCGUUAAUUGGUGAUAAUCCAGGCCUAGGGUUCCGGCCUAUGCCUUCAGAUAGCAACGUAGAGAGUACACUAAUUUGGUAUAAAGCAAGUGAUAAAGAAAAUUAUAAGUCAUGGACACAAAAAUUGGACGAUUUCUUAGAAGUGUACAAAUCUACUAGCAUGCAGGCAGGACAAGGAAAUAAAAUCCAUUGCGACUACGAUCGUUUCCCAGGUGAAGGAGAAACAUGUGCAGUUGAUCCAACAAAAUGGUCACCAUGUAUACCUAGCAAUGAUUAUAAAUAUCCUGAUAGUGCUCCAUGUAUAUUUUUAAAGCUCAACAAAAUUUAUGGUUGGAAACCACAAUACUACAACGAUACAAAUAAUUUACCAAGCAAAAUGCCUGCUGAAUUAAAACAACAUAUUCAAUUAGAAACCAAUCGUAAUCCAAAAUUCAUUAACACAGUGUGGGUCAGUUGUGAAGGCGAAAAUCCAGCUGAUAUUGAAAAUAUUGGUCCAAUCCAGUAUUUCCCAAAACGUGGUUUCCCUGGUUAUUUCUUCCCAUUCAAAAAUGAUGAAGGAUAUCUUAGUCCAUUGGUAGCUGUCUUUUUCGAAAGACCUAAACCUGGAGUAUUGAUUAACAUCGAAUGUAAGGCUUGGGCUAAUAAUAUCAAACACGACCGCACUGAGCGACGCGGCUCGGUACAUUUCGAAUUAAUGGUGGAUUAAAUACGGUGAUUACUUUUUUUUAUGAAAAAAAGUUUCACCGUUGAAACUUCACUAUGCCGCGCACACGGGCUCACCAAACUG